UCCUCCCUCAUCCUCGUCUUUCUCAGUCUAGAAGUUCAUUUUCUUUGUAGCUUUUCUUUUUUGUGGGUGGUGGUGGUGGUGGUGGUGAUGGAGAGCAGCAAUGGAGGGACAAUGAAGGUGGUGAACAAAACAACAGUGAGGGGUUCAGACUUGGGAUUGAGGGUUUUGGCAUUAGCACUCACUCUGGUGGCUGCAAUAAUGGUCGGGUUAGAUAAGCAGACUAAGGUUGUUCCUAUCACUGUGGUCUCUACUCUCCCACCCUUGAAUGUUCCUGUUACUGCUCUGUGGCAUGACAUGUCUGCCUUUGUGUAUUUUAUGGUGACAAAUGCCAUAGCAUGUGCAUAUGCUGCACUCUCAUUGGUCCUCACAUUGGUAGCAACCAAGAGUGGAAAGAAAGGCUUGACAAUGAUGAUCAUGGUCCUUGACCUACUCAUGGUGGCUCUACUCUUCUCCGGCAUCGGAGCAGCCGGUGCCGUCGGGGUCAUCGGCUACCAGGGCAACUCGCACGUGCAGUGGAACAAGGUAUGCAACGUGGUCGAAAAGUUCUGCCACCAGCUUUCCGCCGCACUUGUGGUGUCUAUACUAGGCUCAGUGGCAUACAUGUUGUUGGUUGGACUAGCUGCUUUGAACCUCCACAAGAAAUAUAAGUAAUAGUGUUGGUUGCGUUGUAUAGUGUUGGAGACCCUUUUCUCUAUAUUUGUUGUUUUGCUUUGUGUCCAGGUUGAGUGAAGGUAUGUCAUAAAGCUAGUGUCCUAAAAUGUCAUUGUUGUAUUGUGUUGUGUAGUGUUGGAGGCCCUUUUUAUCUAUAUUUGCUGUUUUGCUUUGUGUCUAGGUUGAGUGAAGGUUUGACAUAAGGCUGGUGUGCACUAAAAUGUCAUUGUCACAUGGUUAAUUAAUUUCAUAUAA